GGAUUCCAAGGUAUUUUUUGAAAAAGGCAAAAACAGAAUUGGUGGAACUUAUAAAAAAGCUCGGUUUUUUCAGUAUACCAGUGAUAGCUUUAUUACGCGCCUUUUCAGGUCUCAUACUGAGAAGCAUCUUGGACUUCUGGGACCUAUCAUCAGAGCAGAAGUUGGUGACACUAUUCACGUAGUCUUCUUCAACAAUGCAAGUCACCCGUUCAGCAUUCAGCCACAUGGCUUGAGCUAUAGCAAGAGCAAUGAGGGGGCUUUCUACAACACUCUAUUUGGAGGUAUUCCAAGUCCAGCCUCACAUGUGAAUCCUGGAGAGAAAUUCAUCUAUGAGUGGGAAGUGCCAGAAACUGUGGGCCCUACUCCAGAAGAUCCAGAUUGUCUAACUCUGCUAUAUUAUUCAGCUUCAGAUCCAAUCAGAGACACCAAUUCUGGCCUGGUGGGCCCACUCUUGGUGUGCAGGAAAGGUGCAAUGCCUUUUCCAUGGAAACCGCAAAAUGUAGACAAGGAAUUCUUCCUUCUUGCAACAGUAUUUGAUGAAAAUCUGAGUUGGUAUUUAGAUGAUAAUAUUAAUAAAUUUAUAGAAAACCCUGAAGGAGUUGAUAAAGAAGAUGAGGAUUUUCAAGAGUCCAAUAAGAUGCAUU